CUACAGGAAGAACAGAGAGAGACUCCUUGUACAUCAGCGACCCUCCGGUGGUUGGUGUCUCAAUGAUCUCCCUGGCUAGCCAGCUCAUAAAAUAUACUCUGACUCAGCCUUCUUUUGUGUACAGUCUGAGGUUUUAUUGAUAGUAAACCUGACAUAUUUCUCUGGUGCCGAAACCCGGGACCCUCAUAUCCUCCGUCUGGGACAACGUGAGAUCAACGGACCGACUUCGGACGUGACUCGUUUCCUCUCCUGGAGCGGGGGCCACCCCUUGGUCUCGCGAACACCCCAGACCGUUGGUGACGGGUCCCAAAUGAACCAGGACUGUGCACUGAGAAGACAUUGCUGAGACCGGGAGACCAGGUGCUGAUAAAGGUCAUCAAGAGAAAGAACUGGUCAAGCCCAAGGUGGGACGGCCCCUUCACUGUCCUGUUAACCACACCAACUGCCUGCAAGGUUGCUGAACGCGCCACUUGGAUCCACCAAAGCCAGUGCAAAAAGGUACUACAGUUGCAGGAUGCAGAUGGUCCUGCUCAUCGUGAUCCUGUUGGGAAACAGUAACCCCGGGGACUUCACCACAAGCUAUGGCCAAACCCAGCAGCAGUGGCUACAGCAGACAGGGACGCAAAUCAAUUUGACCUCCAUGGCACAAGCCCAAACGAUAACCAUACCUUUGACGCAGUUUCAAUCCAUUCUGACGUCACGCCACACCACAAUACGACCUGUGAGCCGACAAAGAAUACAAGGGGGCACGAGAAAGAAUGGUGGUCCAAACCAAUCGGUGCAACAGUGGACGACCACCCAGGUAACAAAGAUGGCAGAUUGGAAAGGUUACUGGUUCUACCUGAUGUCGGCAGACAGCGAAAAAACAUGGGAGCAGUGGAAUAAUUACAUCACGUCCGAGAGUGGUGUUUAUUGGCAGACCAUGUCCGUGUCGACUACAGCGAAGCAGUGGAGACAGAAGGUGAGCAUCACUAAGGGAGGGCCAAACCUGACUUUCCGCUUUGAACAAAUGAGCGUGCUCCCAGGAAAGGACUCAAACAACUGCUCACGGCUGACUUUGUGGGCAUGGACAAACGCGCAUGCCCACCCCAGAGUACCUAUACAGGUGUGUUACACCCCACCGUCAGAAACAAAUAAGAAUGACAACCCUGAACGGCCAGACAUAAAGACGACCAAGACAGCCGUGGUAACAGUCAUGCGAAAUGGACAGCCCUAUGUGGCAGAGGGAGUAAAGACACACGUACAAGGGGAACAGUUGGAAGACUUCCUGAAGCAAGAGACUGGCAUCAAAGUGAUCGAGAACACUUAUUUGGAGAGCGUUCUCUGAAUUGCUAAGUCUAUGAAAAGGAACUGUAUAGUGUGCCUGAAACCCAAGCUGUCGCUCUUUUUAGUACAACCCAUUGUGGACGCGGCAUGUGCAUGGAACAUGUCCACUAACGGGGAGAAGACUGGCAGCUGCACAAAUCUCUCCAGGAAGUAUCCGCUUCGGUCCCACCGAGAUAUUCCCCCCACCUUUGUCAUCCCAGACAAGAAUGCUAGUUUCACAUGCUUCUCCCGCUCGAACUGUUCCACAUCCCCUUGCAAGGAAAUAGGUAAUGUGACUGUCCUAUGCAACACCACAGUGCCCAAAGACAGCCAAGACGAUCCGACUCACCACAUCCGCACCAGGCUCUGGUGGUAUUGUGGAGGUGCGGCACUAUAUGGCAAACUAACAAGCAAAUGGAUCGGAGUUUGUGCUAUGGUCACGGUGGUACAAGAGUCAACCACUAUAAUAUUAGAAAACAACACUGACAUGAUCACCAACGUGACUGAGAACACCCGCAGAAAGAGAAGGAGCACGUUGGCUGAUCUGAAAACAUCUCUUACGGACGGGGGAGUGUACUUUGAUGCCAUAGGAAUGCCACGAGGCAUUCCAUAUGAUGCCAUGCUCAUAGAUGAGGGAAAAGCAGCUGCGUCCCACCUUCCCCUCAUUUCUGCUGUACUCCCCAUCAUGACUUAUAAGAAUACAGGGUUCAUAUAUUAUCUAAAUUAUAAGAUUGUGUUGUUGUAUAAUUUCACAGAACUAAUGCAUUCUCAAGUCGCGGAACAAUUGCACGCCACCUCCGUUAUGGCCCUUCAAAACCAUUUGGCUCUGGACCUCCUAUUGGCUGAAAAGGGAGGUCUAUGCAAAUUUAUCCAGGAUACAGGAGAAUGCUGUACGGUCAUUCCAAUGCAUACCGCAGAAAACGGCAGCAUAACUCAGCUCCUGUCCUGGUUCCGAACCUAUAGGGAAAACAUGUAUAGACAGGAGGGUGUGACCCCUAAUCCAGUAUUGCAGUGGUUCCAAGACACAUUUGGCAAUUGGAAAAACCCCUUCAUUGCGCUCAUCAUGUCCCUGGCUGUUGGUUGUGUAUUGUUGCUGUUUUUGUCUUGUUGCUGUAAGUUGGUGAUAUCGCGUCUGUUUGCUAUCAUGGACACACGCAUAAAUGUGGUACUGGAGGCUUUCGAGGCGCGCUAUCAUCUGGUGGACCAGGACAGUGAAGGCGAAGAGGACAAUAUGGUGUAAGGACAUGAAUGGACACCGGUAGCCACAUCACACGUUUUCCGGCGGCCUUAAGUCGCAGAAAAUGUCAUUAAAAGAGUUCCAGCCUGUACAAAUUGCACCUGAAUGUGACUAUGUUUGGGUUGUAUUCCCAGCGUCCACACGGCAUGAAGCUGCUCUCGUCCCAUGCCAGAAGGGAGGGAAUGGGGGAAUUUUUUGUCUUCUCACGCAAACUAGUUAUCGCUGCGUGAGGGGAUUUUUUCGCCCCCUUCGUGUGGCCGCAGUCCUGCGGUGGGGAUUAUGAAGAUGACUGCCCAAACCUCUUGAGGAGAGAAGGCAUUUGUCUGAUGUAUUCAAAUACCCACAACAGGAGGGAAAUGUAGGAUUUAUGUGCUUUGGUGCUGCUUGAAAAUAUGUUGAGUGUGUGUAUUUGACUCAUAACCCCUUCCAAGCUUGUUGUUAUCUUCCGGCCCAGCCUGUCUGUUGCAACAGACAGGCUGUGGGUUCAUGAUUCAUAUCCUGUUUUUCUUUGUAUGCAAGCUCGUCCUACCCUACCGUCAUGAAUAAAAGAGCUCGCUACAGGAAGAACAGAGAGAGACUCCUUGUACAUCACCGACCCUCCGGUGGUUGGUGUCUCAAUGAUCUCCCUGGC